UCUCUUCAAUCUCUUCUUCUUUCUUAUUUUUAAAUUUCAAAAUUCAAACCCCCCCUCCCAAUUUUCAACAUGAAUCCUUCCGGCUCCGGCUUCUUUCCCGACGAUCUCCCGCCCGUCGACGCCGCGAUGUGGUAUUACCAAGAGUUGGGCGAGCAACCGCCGAUGUACGAGACGCAACAAUCGGGGUACGUCGACCGAGAUUCGGUUCCGGAGACUCAACCGGAACCGUCCGGAUCGAAAAAAAGUACACGCCGGAAAAGUCACAAAGCCAAAAGCACGUUGACCGAGGAGGCACGGUCAAUCAAAAAGUGGUCGCCGGAGGAGGAGUGCAUAUUGGCGUCGGCUUGGGUUGACGUCUCCGAGCAUCCUAUCAUUGGUACGGAGCAAACGAAGGAUGCGAUGUGGGAUCGUAUCGAGGAGAAGUUCUUCACGGCGAUGAAGAAAGACGGCUCCUACCGAACCCGGGACCAACUCACUUCCAAAUGGUGCCACAUCAACAAAAAAGUCCGAAAGUUUAUGGGAGUUUACGAGGAAUGCUCCCGGUCCCGGAGGAGCGGCACGAACGACGCCGAUGUUCUCCGGGUUGCCACGACCCGUGGCAACAACUCAACAAUCCCCGACGGCGGAUCAUUGCGGAAAAGAUCCACCGGCGCCGCUGAGGUUGAGGUCGACGAGACUAUCGGUUCUACCGAUCAAAUCCCUCCCUUCAACGUUGUGGAUUCCGAUGACGAGGACCCCAUUCCACGGCCGAUCGGAAGAAAGAAGGCAAAAUCCAUUGCCUCUGGUUCGGGAGGGUCCGCCUCUAUUUCCGCUUCUCCCCGCGACGAAAUCGGCCGGGCAAUGGUUGAACAACUUCGGGCGUUCAAUCUCCAGAAACAAGAGAGGUUGAAGCUAAAGGAGAAGGAGUUGAAGAUAAAGGAGCAGGAGGCCGAGAUGAAAGUCAUGCAAACCGACCCCGGGACGUUGUCGGAGUUUGGACAAAUUAUCUACGAGCAAAGAAUGAGAGAGAUCAAGGAGAAAUAUAGUUUACCUUAGUUUUUUUAUUAAUACAAUACAAGGAGUGACACGGU